AUGGUGACGGGAGCGGCGAUACCUGCAGACGACCCGGUGGUCGUUAAGAGCUUGACGUCACAGGUGGAAUCGUCGUCCAUUACAACCCGUAACGGGGCUAUCCAGCGUGAGAUGCAGGACGCCUACCGGAAGCUCAUCUGCGCCAACGUCGAGCGUAAGCUGACACUUCAAGAUGUGGCUUCUUUCUCGACCUUCCUGGUCGGGGUACGAGUGAGGCUACACGAGAAGGGCUCUAACCUCCGGAGGCGCCACAGCGUCCUGUCCUCCUUGCUAAAGCACGCACCUCGCGCACGCGUGCAGCGAAUCUACUCGGACCUCGCUGCUGUGGAGGAGCAGGAAUCCGCCCUUACCAAGGACGUCGACCUCUUUAACAAGCUGCAACAAGAUUUGAAGGAAUCGCCGGCCUACAAGGCGAUGAUGGAGUACGGCCAGUCGAGCGGUAUGGUAAACGUGGACGGGACUAUGAUGCCGGAUCCCACCAAACACCCGGAGCUGGAAGCCAUGGCGUCCAUGUCGGUGAAGGACAUGCUGGCGGAGUUCAAGAUGGAGGACAAGCGUAACGAGGAGCAAGGCGGCGGUGGCCGCGGCGCUGGCUCCGUCGGGGGUGACAACGGUCUCAGCCCCGUGUUUUCGGCGGCAGCGGGGACUGGGGGACGGUUAAGGGGCGGGGCCGGCGCUGGGGGGGUGGGGAAGGCGGGGGAUGCGGCGGCCCCGCAAAAAAACAAGAAGGGGAAGAAGGGAAAGAAAGAUAGAAGACGGUAGUAUAGCCGGUGGGUGGGUGACGCCCAUGGUCGUGGCGAUGCCCAUUGUGUGUGCGUUUUGGUACCGGUGCGUUUAUUCCGAUAAGGGGGGCAUCAUGAGCUCUUAGGUUUGUGUCCGGCUUUUUCAUGUGUGGGGGCGCCGUAAACUGUAGGGGUUGUGUCAAGCUUUUUUAUAUUUGUGUGGUGUGUGGCGGUAGUCUGCGCUCUCGCGGACGGGGGGUGCCGCCGAUGGGAAGAGGUUCGUUCUUGGGUGCAUGUUGUUCAUUUCGUGGGUGGUGUGCUGCGUUUCUACGCGUGACUACUCGGCCUUUCCCCGCACGCUAUGUGAUGUUUUUUUUCCGCGAGUUAACAUGUGUAGUAGCUGUGCACUGCUGUGGAUGGCGGGAGGGAGAGCGGUACCUUGGCCAUCACGACUCAUGACGCUCGGGUUAGAGGCUGUCGGCUCUUGUAUCCGUACAAAGGCGUCGCGGAAGUCGUUUGUUGAUUAUUUGUGCUCGGCGACGUAGCCGCUACAGGAUUGGAGUUCGCCCGCUCCGGGGCGGAUCUCGGCACCGGGCCGCCACAUCACCCAUUGUAUGGACGACAUGCUUCGAGCUUCGAAGCUGAGUGGGCUCUUUUCGCGCGUGGGUUCGUGUAAGUCUUGUCGCUCGUGCCCGUUUUGCGGUUCUAUCAAGUGUUGGGGGGGAAUCUGUCGCGGGGUGGGCAGUCAGCGGGUUGAUUUGGGGGGAGUCUGUCGCGGGGUGGGCAGUCAGCCGGUUGAAUUUCGCGACAUACUGUUGUCAGCCACGAAGCAAUGUUAAUACUCAAGGUAGCUCUUUUAGGUGACUAGCAAGGAGAACCUGGGAUGGGUGUGUUCAUUUUUGCCUGUAGGGGCGCUGCAGGUAUGGGGCCGUGUGUGUACGCGGGGAGGGUGAGGUAAAGCGGACAGUUCCCGGCGGUGCGUAUUAUCACAAGAAGCACGUCGAUUUCGUAGAAACAGCAAUUGCACGGUUAAGCCGCGCCUGUUGCCGGUGUGACUAUGGAAUCUACGCAUUUCCAUUUGAUGUCACAUGUAUAGUUGUUGACCUUUGGUAGAGGGCACUACUACAGUAGGUGCAUUCUCCCUGCGUUCGCUGUGUCAUUUUUGGGAGGUGACGGCUUCCUAUCACCUACAGCGAGCAGCAGAUUUGCCCUGGGUGGGAUUUGCUGCGCUGCUCGAUAACGUCAUGUGGGCUCAGCUAAUUACGAACCGGAACCU